AUGGAAUUAGCUGCAGCCGCUGGGUUGUUGUCCCUUUCACCCAGCGAUCUCGUUUUUGAAUCCUCUGUUCUUGGAAUUGCUUACUACGAUUUUGUGCUUUCUGUUUCAGAAGUUUCUGGAGGCAGCAAUUCCUCAAAUAAAUCAACAAAAACAAAAGAAGAAACAAAAAUUUUAACCACAAAUCCUUCAAUUUCUUCGGAUUCCUCAUCUUCCUCCUCUCAUACUUUAAUUCAACGUCAAAUUGGAUCGCCUAAAGCCAAAAUAUGCAAACAUGGAAGUGAACCAAGUCCUUCUAGAGGCUUUGACAAAUCUGCUAGUAGUGUAGUGCCAUCAUCACUUUUCUCAAAAAAUUCUGGAAAACAACAACAGAGGUUGGGUGCUGAACGAAAAACUUCCUCGCAAUCUGCUAGACAUGAAAAACCGGAGCCUAUACCUCAACGUAAAUGUUCUUCUCCACCUCCAACAACCACCACUAUUCUUGAACAAGAAACAUUACAAAGAAACAACACAAAUAACAACGCUUAUUCUAAUUGUAACUAUAGGCUGUUUCUUGCAAAAUUGGAUACUCACACAAAUGUUGAGUGGUUUGAGAGUGUUGUUGUGCCUGGGGAUCUACUCGAACGUAAUCUCAUUCCCGUCAAUGAACUUUCUCUUUUAACUAUGGGAAUUCUUGUUUGGCGUUCAAGACUAGCAAAUUCUCGAUUGCUUUGUUUAGCAAAUGGACAACUUGGUGAAGAUUCAACAACUGCUUUAGAAGCCCUUAAAAGAGCAGCAGCCAAAUAUCGUUGUAACCAUCAUGUUUUAACAAUCGGUCAAAGGCGUCAAUCAGCAUCGAGUACUCAUAGUUCUUGUUCCAGCUCAAGUUUUAGAUCCUCAAGUUCUUCUGGAUCUAAUGGACAGUCUUCUCAACAGGAUGCGGGCAUGAAACUUCGAGUUUUGAUGUGUCAAUCUCGCAGUGAAUUACCCGAAUUACCCUCACAAGCUUUACGCGAUGCAAAAUUCCUUUUGGCUCCAAGUUCAAAUCCUUUGCUUUGUUUAUGUUUUCCAUUGACUUGA